AAACUUCUCUUAAACCUCUAAAUCAUGGAUGGGUUUGAUGAUGUCGGUGUGUUUUUCUCGGACAACUUCGAUGGUGAUCAGCAGCAGAACUCGAACCAAAUCAAUCUGCAGCUCGUGAAAAAACAAUAUCGCGAGUUUAUUCGUACGUUUUGUGAAGCUAAUUUCUCUUAUAAAUAUCGCGACACUUUGAAGCGCAACUACCUGUUGGGACGCUUCUAUCUAGAGGUGGAGAUCGAGGAUCUGGCUGGAUUCGAUGAGUCGUUAGCCGAUAAGCUGUACAAGCAACCAACCGAACAUUUGCAGAUAUUCGAAGAAGCUGCACGAGAGGUAGCGGACGAGAUCACCUCUCCGCGGCCGGAAGGUGAGGAGGUGGUGCAUGAUAUUCAGGUGCUGCUCGUUUCCGGUGCAAAUCCGACCAACAUCCGCGAACUGAAGUCGGACUGUGUGUCAAAGCUGGUGAAGGUGGCUGGCAUCAUAAUUGCGGCAUCCGGCAUAAAGGCCAAGGCGACGCGCAUUUCCAUCCAGUGUCGUACAUGCAACAAUGUCAUUCCCAAUUUGCCGGUCAACCCGGGCUUGGAAGGCUAUCAGCUACCGAGAAAGUGCAACACGGAACAGGCGGGUCGGCCAAAGUGUCCGCUCGAUCCGUACUUUAUAAUGCCGGAUAAGUGCCGAUGUGUGGAUUUUCAAGUGCUGAAGCUACAGGAACUUCCCGAUUUUAUACCGCAGGGUGAAAUCCCACGCCACAUGCAGCUGUUCUGCGAUCGCAGCCUGUGCGAACGUGUUGUGCCAGGCAAUCGGGUUUUGAUUCAUGGCAUCUAUUCGAUCCGCAAGAUCGCGCGCCAGGGCAAGCGCGAAGGACGGGAAAAGGCGAUCAUCGGUGUGCGUGCACCAUACAUGCGUGUGGUAGGCAUCACGGUAGACACGGAAGGAAUGGGAGCAAUCUCGCGCUUCAACAACAUCACCACGGAGGAGGAAUCAACGUUCCGGAAGUUGGCAGCUAGUGCGAAUGUUUUCGACACGCUGGCGGACAGUUUGGCGCCAAGCAUUUUCGGCUCGCAGGACAUUAAAAAAGCGAUCACUUGUAUGCUGUUUGGAGGAUCGCGGAAGCGUAUGCCGGACGGGUUGACACGGCGAGGGGACAUUAACAUACUGCUGCUAGGUGAUCCCGGUACGGCCAAAUCACAGUUGCUCAAGUUUGUGGAAAAAGUCGCACCGAUCGCAGUGUACACGUCCGGAAAGGGUUCGAGUGCGGCCGGUUUAACUGCCUCGGUGAUACGCGAUCCGGCAACGCGAAACUUUAUCAUGGAGGGUGGUGCGAUGGUGCUGGCCGACGGUGGCGUAGUCUGUAUCGAUGAGUUCGACAAGAUGAAGGAGGACGAUCGUGUCGCGAUUCACGAAGCGAUGGAACAGCAGACAAUUUCGAUCGCAAAGGCAGGCAUUACGACCACACUGAACUCGCGGUGUUCGGUGCUAGCGGCGGCCAAUUCCAUCUUCGGUCGCUGGGACGAUACGAAGGGUGACGAGAAUAUUGACUUCAUGCCAACCAUUCUGUCCCGUUUCGACAUGAUCUUCAUCGUGAAGGAUGAGCAUGAUCAGCGGCGUGAUAUUACGCUCGCCAAACACGUGAUGAGCGUGCACAUGAACGCGUCGAAAGCCACCGCCGAACCGAAGGAGGGUGAAAUUCCGUUGGCCGUGCUAAAGAAAUACAUUCACUACUGCCGCACGCACUGUGGCCCACGGCUGAAUGAGCAGGCAGCCGAGAAACUGAAGAGUCAGUACGUGCGCCUGCGUGCCGGUGUUGGUGAGCACGAGCGUGCCACCGACAAGCGGCUGUCGAUUCCGAUCACGGUGCGCCAGCUGGAGGCCAUCAUUCGCAUCUCGGAAUCGUUGGCCAAAAUGCAGCUGCAACCGUUUGCGACCGAGGCGCAUGUCAGCGAAGCGUUGCGUCUCUUUGCCGUUUCGACAAUGACCGCUGCAAGCAGUGGUUCGUUGGCCGGUGCGGAAGGCUUUACCAGUGAGGAGGAUACGGAGAUUUUGAACCGCAUCGAGAAGCAGCUAAAGCGUCGGUUCGCGAUCGGAUCGCAAGUUUCGGAGCAGAGCAUUAUUCAGGACUUUGCGAGACAAAAGUACUCGGAGGCAGCGGUGCGAAAGGUGAUCCAUACGCUGAUUCGGCGCGGAGAGUUGCAACAUCGUUUGCAGCGUAAAAUGUUGUAUCGAUUGUCUUGAAAUGUGGUGUGUGUUGGAA